CCAACCUGGCUCUGAUGUUCCAGAAGCAACCUUGAACUGAGGUUUGAAGGCCCCAGGUGGGAGUUGCCACCCAUGUCUGAGUUUUCUCCUGGGCUCUGGGUCCUGUGCCCUAGGUCCUAGGUCCUAGGUCCUAGUAGGGUAUCUGGCCUUGGCAGGUUGGAGCCAUCACAGGGGAGAAAGACCCUGACCCUCUGAGAAAGGUCUCUGGAGGGCCUGCAUUGUGAUGACCACGUCAACUAUGACAUCAUCCUCUCUCCCACCGUUCACUCUUCCCCAGUCAGCUGCUCUGCAAACAACCAUCAGUCUAAAUCCUAAAGGCCUGAAAAAGUCUGUUUUGCAGUGCCUGCCGCUGAUCUUUUGCCACAGCUGGCAAGAAGUACCAUGAAAUUGAUAUUCACUGAGAAAAACUACAACAGCUUCGUGCUGCAGAAACUGAACGAACAGAGGAAACGCAAAGAGUUUUGGGAUAUGGCCCUGACUGUGGACCACCAUGUCUUUUAUGCACAUCGUGUUGUGCUGGCUGCCGUCUCUUCAGUAGUGAAGAACAUCAUCUCUGGCAAUGAUGUGAAGACCACUGAUGAGCUGUUUAUCACCAUUGACCCCAGCUACCUGAGUCCGGCCACGGUGGACCAGCUCCUGGACUACUUCUACAGCGGCAAGGUGGUGAUCUCGGAGCAGAACGUGGAGGAGCUCCUUCGUGGGGCCCAGUAUUUCAACAUACCACACCUUCAAAUCCACUGCAGUGACUACCUGAUUAAGUCCAUCCGCCAUGCCAACUGCUUGCGCUACCUCCUCUUGGCUGAGUUGUUUGGGCUCCAAGAGGUAUCGGACUUGGCCUACACUGGGAUCUGCGACAACUUCCACUACUGGGCCAGUCCUGAGGGCUCCGUGCAGCCUGAGGGCUUCAUGUGCUGUCCACCUGUCAUCUUUGGCCGCCUGCUUCAAGAUGAAAACUUGCAUGUGCUCAAUGAGGACCAGGCUCUCAGCGCACUUAUAGAUUGGGUGUACUUCCGGAAGGAGGAGCGGGAGAAGUAUUUCAAGAAGUUCUUCUCUUACAUCAAUCUCAAUGCCGUCUCCAACAAGACACUGAUGUUUGCCAGCAACAAGUUGAUGGGCAUGAAGAACAGCUCAGCCCACACAUCCCUGAUUGAGAGUGUCCUUGUGGAACGACAGCAGGAGAGGCCAUCCAGCCUGCUGAGCUACCAGCGGAAAGGGGCCCUGCUUGAUUCGGUGGUCAUCCUUGGUGGCCAAAAGGCCCAGGGCAAGUUUAACAAUGGAGUG